AUGGCUGAGGAAGAGUUUCCGCUCUAUCCCGCCGCCAUCUACCUUCCCCCAAUUGCGGGUUUGGCCAUCAUCCUUGACGUUCCCCCUCUCAUCUGGCAUGUGCGCAACCACAACCUUGCUGCAGCUGCUCUGGUCGGCUGGUUCAUCGCCUACAACUUCUUCGCCUUGAUCAACGCUCUGAUCUGGGGCAAUGAAGAUGUGCGCCACUGGUUUCCCGGAUACGGUGUCUGCGACGUCGAGGUCUACGUCAUGGUAGCUGGCUGGACCGGCAUCAGCACCGCCCUUCUUUGCAUCAUGCGUGGUCUCGCCAAAGUCCUUGACACCAAGAACCAAGUCGUGAGGCCUUGUCGAGCCCAGCGUAUCCGCCAAUAUCUCAUCGAUGCCAUCAUCUGCUGGGCUCCUCCCAUCCUCCAGCUUGGCCUGUUCGACAUCGUCAAGGUCUACCGUUACUACAUCUAUGACAUUAGCGGCUGUGUGCCAGCCAUCGACAACAGUUUGGUCGGCGUUGGUCUGAUCUAUAUCUGGCCGCUAGUCAUUGACUUCGUCGUUGGAUACUACGCCGUCCUCGUCAUCGUGCGUAUGCAUCGCUACCGCGCCGAGUUCUCGCGCCUUGUCCACUCACACAACACCACACGCUCACGGUUCCUGCGCCUCUUCCUUCUUUCAACCUUGAUCCUUCUCGGCAUCCUCCCCGCCCAGGCCACCAUCCUAUACUUGAACCUGCUCCACCCAUUUCUGAAAUACUCAUGGUCACGCAACCACGACCCCGUCCAACGUGCCACGAUCCAGCCCUAUCUCACCCACGGCGAACCUAUUCCCGACCGCUGGGUCAGCCUCGCCUGCGGCUUCCUCCUCUUUCUCUUCUUCGGCCUCGGCACCGACGCCUCGGACAUGUAUCGCUCAUGGGCCAAGAACCUGAGCCCCGCCCGACUGUUCAAGAGAAGCGACGGCCAUCCUCAUCAAGGCAUGUUCCACAUCAUCCGCAACGGCGGCAGCAGCAGCGGCAGCAGCAGCGGAAACACUCCCAUCUCCCCAUCCGCCCGCUCCACCUUCAGCUGCAAGACGUACCUCACCUCGUCCACCACGACCGCCCGCAGCAACAGCACCGCCGGGAGCGGCGGCAAAUCCUUCUUCUCCCUCUCAAAGUCCCUCUGCAAGUCGCCCCUGGACCUGUGGCGCACGAGCGCCGGUGCCGACACCACGACCACGUCUUCGAACAACACCAGGUCCGGCAGCACCGCGCCCAUCCUGCCACUCCAUCAUCACCGCCACCCGGACAGCAGCGACGGCAACCGCAACGCGCGUAUUCCGAGCAUCGCCACCGCCACUACCGCCGCCCCAUCCGCUGCGCUCGCGCCGCCGACCAUCGACACAUCCAUUUCGAUGACGCCGCUCGCCAAGGCCAUCCGGAAAGCCAGCGUCGGGACGCUGAUCGAGGACGACGACGACGAUGCCACGACGGUGAGCGGCUCGCCGGUGGUCGUGGUUGACGAUCUGGAGAAGAGUGGCGGCGGCGGCGGCGGCGGAAGCGUAUCAGCUGGGAUCCGGAGGACUGGUGAGCUGCAGGGCCUGGGGAUCGAGAUGGUGGGGAUGCGGAGCCCGAGGACGGAGCUGUAG